GUGGUGGGCUGCUCGGGCCUCUUAUUUGCGAGUUGCCGAGAAAUUCUCCUAUUGCACUUGCUCGUCUUCUUUAAUUUUUCCUUGCCUUCAAACCGAUUGCUCUUCUCCUCUAAUUUUCCCUUGCCUCCAAACCGAGCGCGCAGGCGCAGCAGAGUGUGCGAGCUUUCUUCUCUACCGUUGCUCGUCUAUUUCUUUUAAAUACUCCAUUUAUUUGAAGAGUUUUUUGUGUGCAUUAUAAUUCCAACAGCUCCUAAAUCCUCCCUCGGCGCUUUUGUCAAACAUUUGGUGGGCGCCAUUAUUUUAAAAGCUUGGAGUCGCAACAAGUACUGGGACAAUUUAAAUCGGUAUUAGCCUUCCAAUUUUCUACCAAAACACAAGCCUCGAUGUCUCGCCUCCGCCGGCUCGGCUCACAGCCAUCUCUCCUCCUCCACACGUUCGCCGCCGCCAGGCCUUCCAUCAUUUUCGACCCGGAUAUCCAGUUCCGAAUUUCAUCCAUCAUCUCCCGCCAGAAGUGGUCGGAGCUCAGACCCAUCAUUCAAUCUGAAUCCUCCACCCCGGCUGAUUUUCUUCGCCAGCUCUUCCAAUUCGACAAUUUCAACUCCGACCUCAUUAUAUCCUUCUUCAAAUGGUCGCAGCAGAGAUGCAAUGCCGUCUACUCUAUUGAGGACUACGUAAGACUCUUUAUCUUGCUAGCGAAUGAGAAGAAGUACCCCAAGCUUCGAUCUUUACUGCACACGUUUCCGAAACAAGCAGAGCCCGUUUCAAUUUCCACGUUUUGUCACUCCCUUUUGACUGUUAGCGACAAUGUGUGCGCGAAUAGUGUUGUAUUUGAUAUGUUCAUUUCGACUCUUGUGAGCAAUGGGAAGGUUGAUUUAGCAUUUGAGGGUUUCAUGCGGGCUGGGGAUUACGGGUUUAAGUUGUCGGCGCGUUCGUGUAAUUCGAUGUUGGCUGCGCUGGUGAAAGAUGGUAGGACUGGGAAUGUGGAGUUUGCGUAUAAGGAGAUGGUUAGGAGGAGGACUGGGAUGGAUUUGAUCACGUUUAACACGGUGGUUAGUGGGCUCUGCAAGGCCGGAAAGUUGAACAAGGCAAGUGACGUCGUGGAGGAUAUGAGCGUUCGUGGGGUGACACCGAAUGUGGUUACUUAUAACACUUUGAUUGAUGGCUAUUGCAAGAGGGGUGGUGAGGGGAGAAUGUACAAAGCUGAUGCACUGUUGAAAAAGAUGGUGGAGAAAGGGAUUUCUCCAAGUGUAAUUACGUAUAAUAUACUAAUUGAUGGAUUUUGCAAAGAUGAUAAUGUGGGUGCAGGUAUAAGGAUUCUCAAGGAAAUGAAAGAGCAGGGUCUGAGACCAGGUGUGAUCACGUAUAACUCCUUGAUUAAUGGACUCUGUGCUGAUGGAAAAGUUGAUGAGGCAAUGAGUUUGAGGGAUGAGAUGCUGGCAAUAGGUUUGGAGCCAAACAUUGUUACUCAUUCCAUAUUUAUCAAUGGGUAUUCGAAGAAGAGUAUGUUGAAGGAAGCCAGGGAGUUGUUUGAUAAUAUCAUGAGCGAAGGGAUACCGUUGAAUGUAUUGACUUUCAAUACUUUGAUAAAUGCGUAUUGUAGAGAGGGUGAAUUGGAAGAAGCAUUAGCUAUAUUCAAUCUUAUGUUGGACAACAAGGUUUCUCCCAAUGUUUCAACGUACAAUUGCUUGAUCGGUGCUUAUUAUCGUGAUGGAGACAUGGAAGCAGUGCGUAAGCUUCUCAGUGAGAUGGAAGAGAAGGGCUUGAAAUCUGAUGUAGUUACCUACAAUGUUAGGAUAGAUGCAAUGUGCAAAAGUGGUGAAACUAGGAAGGCGGUUAGGUUACUUGAUGAAAUGUCUAAAAUGGGAUUGAAUCCGAGUCAUGUUACAUACAAUACUCUGAUGGCUGGUUACUGCAAGCAGGGAAACCUGAAGGCAGCUUUGACCGUGAAGAAAAGAAUGGAGAAAGAAGGGAAGCGGCCAAAUGUUGUGACAUUUAAUGUGCUGAUUAAGGCUUUUUCUGAAAGUGGAAAGCUGGAAGAGGCGAAUAGAUUUCUUAAUGAGAUGUUGGAGAAAGGAUUGGUACCUAACCGGAUAACCUAUGAUCUCAUUAAGGAAGAAAUGAUGGAAAAGGGAUUUGUUCCAGACAUAGAUGGUCAUCUUUAUAGUGAUUUGGGUAAAUCUUAGCUGGAGAUUCAACUGGAACCCAUUGAGGAUCCAAAACUAUAAGCAGCUUUAGUAGGGACUCGUAAUACAGGCCUCUCAUGCUGGUGCUUUCUUAAUUCAAUGUGAGAAAGCUGAGGGUUGAUAUGGAUAAGGAUAUAUAUGAUUUCAAAGAAAAAGAUUUCUUCAAGCACCUUCAUGAAGUCGACACUAUGAUAUCUUCUACUUGUGUUAAGCUAUAAUGAAUUUAGAUCUGUAUAAUUGAUGGUUUGGAUAAAUCAAGAUUGAUGGUAUAGAUUAUAAGCAUUUGAUUGCACUUGCUAAUUCUUUCUCCUUCACCUAUCCAUCCGAGAUUAAGGCUUUGACUUGGUCAUCGUUCGUGGAGAGCACAAUGAUUGUGAAUGUUACUAAUGAGGAGUCUUUCUUGAGCAUUACUUCGGAGAACCGCCCUUGUUGAGCCAACAAAGAAAGCCAACAGGUGUGUUCAUCAACAUCGACAAUAGUAGAUUCAAGCAAAUAGACCACAGAAUGUAUUGUCCGAGGGGAAGAAAGCUACCUCAUAUUGUGGGAUAAUUUACGGUCACAUUUAUUAUGAGCAAGUUCUAUUUGGCAUCUAAUAAUAUCUUGGUUAAUUUGUGAUGUAAUAAUCUAAUGUUUCUUGUCAUUUUGGAAUGGAGGUAGUUUACUUUGAUGGAUAGAUAGAAAUUGUUCGACAAUUUGAUUGAGGCUACAAUGUUCGAUGUUAAAUCUACUAAUCUAUGUUUUGAACAAA